CUAACCCCGGGGCCACUUUCCAAGCGUCUCAUCCCAGGCAUCACAUGCCCCUUCUCCUCUGCGGAGUGUGCUGCUAAACCCAACUUGAGGUAACCUUCUGACCGACCAAGCCCGACAACGUCAGUCCACCGUUGCAAACCAAGCGUCCUUGCCGUUACGAAGCCCGACUCGUCGUGACUCUGACCCGGCGGAGCUGGUACUCUCUCCCGUAUUCCCUGGCAGAUCCAGUGAGAGACCUUGCCCGUCUUCUUCAACCAUCCCACCCACGACCGACAAAGUCUCCCUAAAGCAGACGUCUCCGCCGUGCUCGCACUCAAUAGCUCAUCCGCAUAUCUUGGCCCUCUUCUUAGCCUUCCGAGACCGCUUUCGCAUCACGAAAAGCUCGUACGAUCGAUCCCACCCAUAUCCGACCGCACAUCUCGACCGACCCAGCGCUUGCUACAAAACCUCGCACGCACCCGCUCUCAACUGUCCCGGGCAUCCCCUUUUUCUGCGCCCUCUGGUCUCUCCUCUGCACUUUUCUAGUCGUCCCAUCCCGUCCGAAACCACAAUGAAGGCCUCCGCUCUUCUCUCUGGCCUCGGCGCCACCGCGGCUACCGCCAUCCUCGAGCCUGGCAUGCCUCGACACCUCUUGUCGAACCCCUCCUCCUCCUCGGUCGAUACUAGUCGCAUCCCGACCUCAUACGAGUCCGCCGUCAUGGGCCGUCGCAUCCUUGCAAUGACCAAGCUGGCCGAGCUCUCGACCGUCUUCCCGGCCGGCGCGCACUCCGCCUCGGGCGGCGACCUCUCUGGCAUGCCCAUCGGCCUGAUGGACUACGUCGCCGACUGCGAGGAGGAGGGCAACCCGACGAUCCUGGCCAUUACCAUCGCCACGUCCUUCAAGAACGUCCGUGCUGGCUCCAACAUCUCCCUCUCUAUGCACUGGACCCCACCCUUCCCGCCCGCGAAGCGCAUCUCCCUCCUGUCCUCCCUCAAGAACAGGAUCUUCGGUAGCUUGGACGCCGGCGCGGCUGCUGCUCCUCCGGACACCGUCCCCUACUCUGCCGCCAACUUGCCGCGCUUCUCGCUGCUCGGCUACCUUGAGAAGAUCCCCGUCGACCCCGUCACCUCCCUCAAGCUCGCCCACUGCUUCGUUGACAAGCACCCGGACUCUAAGUACUGGCUCCCUGGCAGCCCUGUUCAUGAGUCUGAAUGGGUCCGCUUCGUCGUUACCUCCAUUUAUUGGGUCGGCGGCUUCGGCGACCGCGCUUACAUCGGCUGGAUCCCCGUCGAGGAGUGGCAGAAUGUCACUCGCGAGGAGUACGAGUCCAUUCAGCUCCCCGGCGAGAAGCGCGGCUGGAGGGAAUGGAGUGUCGACAGCUGGUUUGACAAUGGUGAUCUCUGAG